GUCUCGCGUGGUUUCGCUCGCCGGAUUGAACGAAUCAGCUGCUAGUUUUUCGGAUGCUUACAUUAUACCGAGUCCACCAGAACCCGGCAGAGGAUCGGAACCGCGUCUCGGCGAGGGCUCUCUUCUCGCGCGCAGGGGCUGCUCCUCUGCUCAUCCUGCCUGAAUCUUUCCGCAAAGGAGGCCUGAUUUGGGGGCGGCUCCUUCGCUUCCCGGAUCGCCGGGAUCAGGCACGUAUCACUCUCCGCUCUCUAGCUCCUGUUGCAUCGGCUAAAGAAUUCAUCCUAUGAACAUGGCUGUGGAUCUUUGUUUUCUGGGGUUGAAUUGCUAGAUUGGUGAAUCCUAGUCUUGGUUGUGAAGCACUGAUGUAGUCUGGUUGCAUGCCCUCUUGUUUUUUUGGACUUGGUCUGUACAGGUAUACACGAAUUAUUCCCAUCAGCAAUUCAGCAUGCAGUUGGUUUGCUCAUGUCCUGACCUGUUGUGGGCACGAGAGAGAUGAUCAUGUAGUUGCAUUACCCAGCGAUUUCAGAUCACUCUGCCUAUGAGUACGUAAAUGCACGUCAUUUAAGAGUAUCAUGAGCACUUCUCUUUCUAGACCUGCAACUACACUAAUGAUUGGCCUUGUCAGGAACAAUCCACACCUUAGUUUCUAUAGUCAUCACCUAGGAUCCUGCUCUCUGCAUACUGGUUAUUGCAGUUCCAGCUUUCUGUAUACAGCAUUGGGCUUUCAAUAAGAGAUUAAAAAUAUCAAGGGAUGCUAAAAUAUGUGCUUGCAUGGUAGAGUUGCUUGGCUAAGAACUGGUGGGAUAGCCACACAUAUUCGCACAUCACUUGAUUUUGAUGACAUCAAAGUACAAUAUGCACAACAAUUGCUCCAUGAUGUGCACACAAACAAUGGGGCUAGGCAUGACACCUCAACCAUCAUGUUAGAUUACUUUCUUGGAGGAGACGGGUGAAAAUUGUUGGUCCUUACAGUUACAGACCCCUUCAACAUCUUUUGGUACCCAUCAUCAGUUUUAUAAGUUUCAAAGAAAAUAUUACUUUUUGUCCAUAAAACACUGGGAAUAAGAUGACCGAGAAAGGAAAUAUUCUAAUGCAAAGAUAUGAGAUAGGAAAGUUACUUGGGAAAGGGAGUUUUGCCAAAGUUUACCAUGCCCGUUGUCUUAAGACUUCACAUAGUGUUGCAAUCAAGGUGGUUGACAAAGAUAAGAUCUUGAAGUGUGGUCUUAUGGAUCAAAUAAGUCGAGAGAUUUCAGUGAUGAAGUUGGUGAAACAUCCAAAUAUUGUCCAACUGUAUGAGGUGAUGGCUACUAAAACCAAAAUAUAUUUUGUGUUAGAGUAUGUAAAGGGAGGAGAGUUGUUCAAGAAGAUUCAACGAGGAAGGCUAAAAGAAGAUGUUGCUCGUAAAUAUUUCCAACAACUAAUUAGUGCUAUUGAUUUUUGUCAUAGUAGAGGAGUUUAUCACCGUGAUUUGAAGCCUGAAAAUCUUCUUCUUGAUGAAAGCCACAAUCUAAAGAUCUCAGACUUUGGUCUAAGUGCACUUCCAGAUUGCAAGAGACAAGAUGGAUUGCUCCAUACAAGUUGUGGUACUCCUGCAUAUGUUGCCCCAGAAGUAAUAAGUAGAAAAGGAUACGAUGGUGCAAAGGCUGACAUAUGGGCUUGUGGAGUGAUUCUUUAUGUGUUGCUGGCAGGAUAUCUUCCUUUCCAGGAUAAGAACUUGGUACACAUGUAUAAGAAAAUUUGCAGAGCAGAACUCAAAUGGCCAAGAUGGUUUUCUUCGGAUAUUCGAAAGCUUUUGCGACGUCUUCUUCAUCCAAACCCUAGUGCGCGGAUCUCUAUUGCAGAAAUCAUGGAACAUCCUUGGUGUAGAACUGGUCUUGAUGAAAGAUUGUUUGAUUAUGCCAUGAAUUCAACAGAAAAUAUUACACCUGCUGACAUGAAUUUGGCUUUGGAUUAUUUAAAUGCAAAUACAGUUGAGGGUAAUCAAGCAGUAGAAAAACUCAUUAAUUUGAAUGCUUUUGACAUCAUCUCUCUUUCAAAUGGAUUUGAUCUCUCUGGCAUAUUUGAAGAGAACUCAAACAAGACGGAGACUAAAUUCACAUCUACCAACACAGCUUCGACAAUCAUUAGAAAACUUGAGGAAAUUGCAACGAGCUUACGACUAAAUGUAACAAAGAAAGGUGGUGGGUUGCUGAACUUGGAAUGUUCCAAACCAGGAAGAAAGGGUGUGAUGUCCAUAGAUGCUGAAGUAUUUCAUAUCACACAAAAUUUUCAUCUAGUGGAGAUCAAGAAAACCAAUGGUGAUACCCUUGAGUAUCAAAAAGUUAUGAAACAAAGUUUGAGGCCUGCACUAAAGGACAUUGUGUGGGCUUGGCAAGGUGAGCAACCUGAAAAAGAGAAGCUACAAUCUUAGAUGCUAUGACAAGUGUAAUACUAGUAGAAACUCCCAUUGUUGAUUCAAUAAUGUACACUUCUCUCUCGCAUCCUCAUAUUUUUAACGUAGAAUUUUAUAUUUCUACUGGCUGCUCAACUGGAAAUGGUUUAUAUCUUGAGAAGGCUUUUUCUUAAACCAAUGAUUUUGAUUCUUAAAAAUUUGUGUGCUAUUUAAAGGAAAUUGGUUUUACAACCAAGAUUCAGCA